AGAAGAAAAUUAAAGAAAAAGAAAGGCAAUUGCCAACGAAUCUUGCAGAGUCACAAAUUGAAGGAAAAGGGUUCUCUCAUCACUCACUCACUCAUUUACUCUCCUACCCACAUGAACUCCCUUUCCCUGUUCUUCCUCCACCUUCCUCCUUCUUUCUGACUUGCACUGUUUUGUUUUGCUGUUCAUGCCAGAUCCAAAGAGUUCAUCACAAACAAGUAGGAAGCCUUGGUAUCAAAGAGCAAUGGAGAUGGCCACUCUAUGGAAAACCAUUUCCAAAUCCCCGGAAAUUCCCCGUCCGAAUGCAACAACAUGGAAAACCAUUUCCAAAUCAACCGAGGUUUCAACCACAAAUUCCACCAAACAGAAACUAAGAAAAUGCACCUCUCUAAAAGUUGCCACCUCGUUCACACGAGUUUGUUUAUGUGCACCAAUCUCUUCCUACACCGAGGUUUUCCAAUCCGAUAUACCUCCGAGAAGAAGCAAUAGUUAUCCAAGAUCAAAGCAAUUGCCUACCCAACAAGAAAGAAUUCCAAGCGCGAGAGUUAGCAUAGAAGGGAGGAGAAUUUUCCGGGGAAAAUCUUUGACGGACGAUGUUUUAAUGAGGAGAUUUGUGGUGGAAGAGGAGGCAAUGAUGCAAGUUAGGAGGCGGAAUCAGAUGGAGAUAAUUAGGAGGAAAGCUUCCAUGAGAAGGAAAAUGCUUGGGCCGAGCCCUCUUAGUAGAAUGGUUUUGGCUGAGGAGGAAUAAUGGUUUUCCUUGUGUCCAAACAAGAAAUUGAAAUUUUUCCCUCCUUUUUAUUGGCAUAUGGUUUGUGGUUUUCUAUUAUCUUGAUUUUCCAUGAUAUUGGUACCAAAAAUGAAUUGAAUUGAAUAUUUUAUAAUAUGGUUAAGUUGGUUAUUUGAUUAAGACAUGUAUAUAUUAGGGUGAAUUAAAUUAACGGUUCCUGUAGUGGUUCCUAACAUUUCAAUUGUAAUAUAUUUGAUUAUAAGUUUUGAA